AGGCAACAUUUGAAUUAAGAGGUUAUGAAUUUAGUAAACAAAUGGUUUUAUUCAUAAAUAACAUUAAUAUAUUAAAGACAAACUUUUAAACUAUUAAAUAUAUACUUAUUGCUGUAUAAUUUAGGCUGAAAAUACUUUUUUAUAAUAGGGAAAUGUUGUUUAAAGUUGUAAAUUCGUCGAGAAGAAUACUGAGUCCACUCUGCUUAAGCUGUCGAGUGUCUGUCGUCACAAAAUGUUACUUUAGCGAAGGAUUGGACCAGAAAUACAAUGAUGUUGAAAAGGAGAAAAUCUUACAAGUUAUCAAUAAUCCUGAUGAUAGUAUCCUCUCCGGUUACGAAGUUAGCAAAGCUAAUCUGAAGAAAGUCUCACAAUGGAAAAGUAGUAAUGGACAAAUGAAAUCUUUAUCUGAUAUAGAAUACAUUGACGGGUUCUCAGAGAAAACAGCAAAUAAAUUAUUUAGGAGCAUACUCAGUGGUCCUUCUAAAGAAAAGAAAGCAAAUGGAAAAAUAAAGGGGCAGAUCUUACAUCCAUAUUUAAGUGAUAGUGUUUUGAAGGAGUGUAAAUCCGUAUUGUCAGUGUAUAUAACAGUGAACUCUGUGAGUUGGACGUUAAUAGACAAGAGCAGCUAUGAGGUUCAAGAAUGGAAGUAUUAUGGCAUAGACUAUCCAGAAGGCAAGAGGUUUCAAAUUACAGACAUAUUGGAUAUUGCCUGGCGAGUAACACAGCAGCUUCCUCAUGCAGACAUAUACGUGAUGAAGGCAGCCCCCACCACGCUCAGGGCAGCUGGCAGUGACCCCAACAACCCCAAGGUGUUAGCAGUCAACCUCCAAAAGGCACAGAUGGUGGCCAUGAUCGUAGCUUUAAUUAAUUCUAGGAAUGCAUCGUUGGAACCAUCUAACGAAGAAAGUGAGGAGAAUGUUUUGAAACAGAAAGUGUAUUUUCUAAGGCCUACACUUCCGUACAGAUUAUACGGAACCCUAGUGGGCAACGAAAGAGUUUCAACAGACCAGACUGUAGAAAUGUUACUCCAAGGUUUUAGUGAAAAAUCUUCAAAUAACUCGCAUGCCUUCGUGCCCAAGCCUUUACAGGACAUGUUCAGGUCCCAGAAAGACCUUCAAAAGGACAUGUUGGGACAUUGUCUACUUCUCAGCCUGACUUUCAUGGAUCUAUGUAUAUACAACAAUAAAGAAAAAAUUGAAAAAUUAACUCGACGCGGUGAGUGAUUGUUUGUGUAUAAACUUAUGCUCGUAUGUAUAGGUAAUUUGUUAAUAAGUAGAAAAUGAAUAUAUAUAUUUUUGAAUUUUAA